AACAAACUACAAAAAAAAAUAGCUAUAAAAAGUUUUUUUCAUCAAUUCGAAAUGAUGAUGAUGAAUUUAUUAAUCAAAAUGAAUUUAAUAAGUACUUUUCAAUUUCUGAGGUAGAUCAAACAGAGAAAAAUGAUCCACUAGAUUGGUGA